CAUUUACUAAACAAGCUAAGACUACAUUACUGUUGGAUCAUCGUAAAGAAAUUAUUGAUAGAGCUAUUAAGUUUUGUAAACAGCCAUCUAAACUAAAAGAUAAAUCAUGUACAUUAACAUGGGGAGAUGUGGCAUCUAGUCUACAAUAUAGAUUAUCACAUUUAGAUAAUUUAAACAAUGAUACAAUAAGGUCUUUUAGUCAAGUGGAUGAUCCAGUCUAUAAAGAAUAUUCUGAUCUUUAUGAUUUAUCGGCUGGUAGACAAGAUCAGUUAGAGAAGUUGUUUAUUAAGAUGAUAUUAGAUGGUCAAACACCAGAUCUAGUAGAUGAUGUUUUACAAGUAUCACCAUUACCAGAAUUCACAGUUCAAACAGCUUUACAAGAUUCAAUUAAACUUAUUGCUCUAAAACUUAGAGGUGAAGAUUGUGAUCAAUUAGAAGGUUAUGAUUGUUUAAAGACAUUAGAAGAUAUUGUUACUAAUGUACAAGAACAUGAAGAAACUAGCGGUGAUUUAGUCAAAUCUGAAGAUGUAAUGGUUUUAUUAAGACCAUUUUGUUCAGAUUCAAAUAUAGCUGUUAAACCUAGAUUAGAUGUCUUACAUAUAUUAGGAAAGAGCUUCCAUUUAUCUGAUGAAGAUAGUGUUUUAUUAAAUUUAUAUAGAACAAAGGCUGUGAUAUCCGAAGCUUGGAGUCAUAUUCAGGUAACUGAAGAUGAUAUUAAAACAGAAGAAAAUCGUUUAUUACUAUUUAACAAGCUUUUACCUGAUAGUAAAACAGCCAAUCAAUAUCUAGCAUUGUGUCGUCUGCUCAAACUAUGGCCAACACAAACAAAAUAUGAAAAUCAAGGUCCUGAAAUAAACCUGUGGGUAAAAGUGUUUGAUGUGAUAUGUAAAGAUAAAAAUGUAGAUAAUUUAACAACUACUAUACUACAAACUAUAUGUGAUGUAAUACCAAUAAAUAUACAGUGUACAAAGCAUGUGUUUGAUAAUUUGGUAGAGAAUAAUAAAGAUAUAGAAGGUGUUAAAUUAGUUUUAUUAUGUCAACAUAAACAACUUUAUACAGAUGCUGUUAAUAUUCUUACUAAUCAUAAACAGCCAAUUAGUGAUAAAGAUUUGCUCAACUUGCUACUCAAAAAUCACCUCAUGUCCUUCAUAGUACCAACAUUAUACUACCCAUUAGCACUGGAUAUUCUUUUAGAUGCUCAAGGUAGUUCAGAUCUACCAGACCAUUUAUCAGCUGAUAUCGUUGCCAGAGAAUUGAAAGCGGCUGGAUAUGAUGCAGAAGCUGGAACUCUGUUAUUACGAGCACGAUCUAGUCACCCAUUAUUACAGACAUUUGGUUCAGCUUUAGGAGUUGUUGGGAAAUGGUUAAAGUCUUGAUGAUUAUUAUUAUUAUUAUAUUGUUUUGUUAUAUAUAUGUAGAUCUAGAAUGGUGAUUGUUAUAUUUAUUAUUAUUAUCAUGCAAUAUGUAAAGCAGUUUAAUGAAGCAACUAGUCCCAAAUCACUAGAUGAUCAGCUAGGCUUAUCUGAUGUCAUGUGGUAACCAGCUCAAAUAUGAAGUGACCAACUUGCUAUAAGACAAUUCCAUAUACAAGUAUAUCUCAGUACAUAUUAUUUAAAUACUAGAAAGUGAAAACCAUUGUGGCAUAAAAAGUUUAUUUUGAUUGGUCAAUAAUAAAGCAACACUUUUUAAAUCACUCAGUGACAGCCAGGCUUGUUUUAAAUCAUAUUUAUUUUGAUUGGUCAAAAAUAAAUAUUGUGAAGUAGUUUAUUCUGUAAAUAAAUCAGUAAAACUAUUACAAUAAGCCUCCCACUGUUCAUCGCUGUGGUGUUGCUCAAUGUACAUGGUUCAGAAUUGGUGUGGUUUAGGAUCAUUAAGCAGUUACAAUUUUUUUAAAAAUAGUUCUAUUAAAUAUCUGCUGUGUUAUUCUAAAUUUUAUUGCCUUGAAACUAAAUCGUAUGUUCAUGGUAGAUAACCAGUUUAUAUUAUGCUGUUUUUGUAUUAUGACCUAAUUACGAGUGUCUGCUGUUGAAAAUAGAGCUAGACUUGUUUCCAAAUUACAGUUAGUACGAGUGUCUGGCUUGAAAAUAGAGCUAGAGUUAUGUCCAAAUUACAGUUAUUAUGAGUGUCUGUGUUGAAUAUAGAGCUAGAAUCACGUCCAAAUUACAGUUAUUAUGAGUAUCUGUCUUGAAAUAAGUGCUAGAAUCACGUCCUAAUUACAGUUAUUACUAGUGUCUGACUUGAAAACAGCGCUAGAAUCAUAUCACAUUUCUAAAACAAUGUAAAAUUUCGAAAAGAAAAUUUUUUUUUUAAAAUUGAAACUCUAAAUUGAUGUAAAUCAAACGUUGAUCUAAGGGAAUUCUGUCCACUGAGAUUCACUACCAGAUUGACUUGAUUUGAUAUUAAUUGUUGUUUGCUUCUUGCAAUGUCUUGCUUGUAGUGCUGUCCUCCUGUUCUUACUAUACUAUUCAAAAAAAGUAGGGGAUAUUUGAUUUUUAAGUGUUAUUAAAGUCACCUAAUGAAACUGACGAAGAAACAAAUGACAAAAUGAAAUGAAGUUCACAUUCAUCGAUUUAUUCCAAAUGAUCGUUAGACUAAGUAAGGCACAGACUGACCAUUAUAAGGGUAAAAUGAUACCCGGGUCAAACAGCAAAGUUACCACAGCAUCACAACCAAGUCAGUAACGGGUAAAUCCUCCUCUGUUUGCCAAACAAGCAUUGAUCCGACGUGGCAUACUCCUAAUGAGACGUCUAAGGUCAUUUUGGUCCAGAUUGUCCCAUUCCUGUUGCAACGCAGCAGCAAGUUCUUGGACAUUGGCAGGACGUUGUUGACGUUGACGUAACCUCUGUCCAAGCAUGUCCCAGACAUGCUCGAUGGGGGAGAGGUCGGGACUCAGUGCUGGCCAAGGUAAUGUGGUGAUGUUCUGUUGUUGGAGGUAACCUGUAACGAUCCUGGCCCUGUGACAUCUUGCGUUGUCAUCCUGGAAGAUGAAACGGCGGCCAUGACGUCGUGCGAACGGCACAACAUGGACUGCCAAGAUGUUGUCCCGGUAGUACUGGCCUGUAACACGCCCUGCAACAACAUGUAAAGCCGUUCUUCCAGCAACAGUGAUGCCUCCCCACACCAUAACAGAACCACCCCCAAAUCGAUCAUGUCUGAUGACGUUAACGUCUUGGAAGCGCUCGUUUCGACGACGCCACACCCUCCUACGUCUGUCCAAAAAAUCAACAGUGAACCUUGACUCAUCUGAAAACAUCACAUUGCUCCAGCGUCGAUUAUCCCAGUGUUGACGAUCCCUACACCAACGACGUCUUGCCUGAAUGUGAUGAUCUCUCAAACAAGGGAUCACGCGAGGACGUCGGGCGCGAAGGUGACCCCUAUGCAGUCGAUUCCGAAUCGUCUGGCCACUCACUCUCACACCAGUGUCUGUUUGAAGACGAGCGCUGAUCUGAUUUGCUGUGAUGACACGAUUUCUCAAGGCCAAGGUACGGAUAAAUCGAUCCUGGGCUUGAGUUGUCGCCCUUGGUCGACCUGAGCGUGGUCUGUCCUGUACAGAUUGUGUAUCACGGUAUCUGGACCAUAGCCUGCUUAUGACAGACUGAGAAACAUUCAUCGUCCGCGCCACAACCGCCUGUGUUGUGCCGAUCUGUAGCAUGCCAAGGGCACGUAACCUUUCAUUUUGGGUAAGCCGACGCAUAUCAAAAUUUGUUUUCUGGUCACUAAAACAAUUAAACUGAUGUUUCCACCCUGGAAUUCAAUGCCACAAUGACUGUAACAUUCAAAGUCAGAGUCGUGCAAAUCUUGGGUUGGACCCCCAUGAUGAUCCCAAGCAUCACCUGCAUUCCAUGCGGUAGCUAUUGGUGCGUUUGGGCGUCACAUGUAACUGGAAAUGUUUCUUCUGUUAGGUUCCAUAGUGACUUUUUUCGUAGUCAUUUGCAUAUUUUAGUAUUAUGCCCCCAAAAUCAAAUAUCCCCUACUUUUUUUGAAUAGUAUAUUACAGUAGAAUUUUAGCCCUUCAUACUUCAGAAUAUUCUCGUGGUUGGGCUUUGCUCCUGUUUGCUCACUUUAUUAUUUAUACUUUUAGCGUUUUGAAAGAUUCUAUCUGGAUUAUGGCCCCUAUUAUAGCCAUUCAAGAGACGAUCAUUGUCAAGAUCGGUCUUUCUUGUAAAUAUUUUUUUUUUCAUUUUGAGUUAAGCCUGCAUCAUUACAGGCCCGGGACUGUAUAUCACAGUGGACGCUUAGGACUGGCCCCCGGAUAUUUGUUGUGUAUUUCUCGCCAUGUCUUUGUAGUUUAUGUUGUCUGUAGGUCCUGCACUUACUAUUAAAAAUCAGAAGUGAUUAUUCUGAUAAAAGAAAUACCAGGAAGUUAAUAAUCGACACUUAACCACAGUCAACAUUUCUCCAUCUGAUAAAAGAGGCUUUAACUUCAAUCAACUAAAAUUGAUCACAAUGAAGUGUGUUAUGUGUGAAUUAUUACAUUUUCAUUUGUGUUACAUUGCUAUAUUUUGGAGUGCUACCACAUUUGAAAUAUCCCUUUCUUAAAUGAAAUUAUACUUUUUAUUGUCAUUAUGUGAAAAUAAAAAUUUACUGUUGAUUAAAUUAAGAUAAUUUUAAUGAAAGUUGUUAAAUAUAUAUACUAACUAUAAAUUAAAUGGAUUUUUAUGGACUUGUUUAGCUUCAAUAAAACGUAAAAUAUA